CGUACCUAUACGUAUAGAUAUGUCGUAUAAAUUUGAAAUCGAUUAAAAAUCUUUUAAAUUUGGCUUUUGUAAAUCGUGUCUUAGUAGAUUUCAGAAUGCUAUCAAAAUUGUUACGGCCUGGUAACAGGUCGCAUCAAUGGCUUUUAGUGUAUAAUAAAUCGCGUCUUAUAGCGAGUCAUCAGGUGGUUUGCAUACGUCCAAUUUUUGGCUUGAUCCCACCAAGUCAGUAUGAUAUGCCAUUCCCUAAGAAGUUCAAGCUUGGUUAUGUGAUGAAAGUGUAUUGGGAGACCAUACCUCUAUUUGUGACCACAGCGAUUGCAUUGGGUGUUGUUUUUAUUGCUAUAGUUUGGGCAUGUAAUCACAAGGUGGACGUGGUGUUCACGUCACGCAGCCGCGGCAAUAUCUCGCGCACAAUGGACCUGCGAAACCCUUCUAUACAUAAAAUGCUCACCAUUAAUCAGCGCUAUGAGCCGUGGAACGAAAUGCAAGAUGUCCUAGACAAGAUGGUUACGGCCGAAAAGAGGGCGCUGGUGCGCUCGCAGUCCUGCAAUAAUACGUAGGAUGUGGCGUAUUUUGUGAAAUCUAAUGAACAUUUACAUUAAAAACUACGUUAAUGUAAUUUGAAGAGAGUGUAAUAUCAAAGAUUUCAUACAUUUUAUUUUUUUAUAUUUUUACUUGAUUUGUAUGAAAAAGUUAUAUUGAGUAUUUUUGAAUUUAUUUUUAUCUCGAAAUAUAUAUCAUUUUAG